AAAAUUAACUAAGGUGCCUUUUAUUUAACUAGGGCAUCACUUACACAUUGUAUAUAUAUGGAGGCUUAUUGAAUACACGUUGUUUAGCCUCUUUUGCACGUCUAAUUGCAUCAUAACACUAGAGAGUUUGAUAGACAGACAAUAACUAGGAGAAAAUAAAGAGAGAAAUGAAAUGACACAAGAAAUUACAUGAAGACUGAACAUAAAAUUGCCAAUACGUAUAGGGUGAGUACAAUGUGAGGCCUUCCUAAUGUUCUUCACGCUCUGGUUGAGCAAUCACGGAGGAUAUGUAGAAGCGGCUCUUGAAGUUGGAGAGCAAUUACUUUGGUUAAACCCCCAUUUUGGUCCCUCAACUAUCGUACGGACCCCCGACUUAGUCCCUCAACUCAAAAAAUCCCUGAUUUGGUCCAUACUAUUUACCAUUUUGACCCCGAUUUAGUCCCUCCGUUAAAAAUUCAGUGAUAUUUCCCGUUAAUUAACUGGAGCAUGAUGACGUGUCCAAAUAACUUGACACAUCAGAUGCAUACCGAGGCUUCAUGGGUUCCACGCCUGGGUUGCUUGGAACCCAGGGCUUGGGUCUUGAUGGAACCCAGGGCCUGGGUCUUGAUGGAACCAGGCACUGGUGUCACGCCCCAAAACCCGAAUUCGAGGCGCGACAGAUGCCGUGCACUCGUGAGAGGGUCCCACAAAUGCACAAGGCUCGCAACUCAUCCAAUUCACAUCUGACAAUCCAAUAACUUAAAUAAGAUAUUUCAAUAAUUCUAUGUCCAACAU